AUGACAUCUGCUUACGUUACUCUUUUAACUGGUCAAGGUUAUUUACCAGGGGUAUUAACUUUAGGUAAGAAAUUAAAAGAAUUAGGUACUAAACAUAAAUUAGUAAUUCUUUUAGAUUCAAGUUCAAUUCCACAAGAUUCUCAAGAUUUAAUUAAUGAAGUUUAUGAUGAAAUCAUUUCAAUUGAUAAUGAUGUAAUUGUUGCUCCUUUAGGGAAAUUAAAAGAAAAAUUAGAUAGAUCAGAAUUAUCAGUUACUUUUAGUAAGAUUUUAUUAUGGAAUUUAACACAAUUUGAACAAUUAGUUUAUCUUGAUGCUGAUGUUUUACCAUUACAAAAUUUAGAUGAAAUCUUUGAACAAUUUGAAAUUAAUUCAAAUCAAAUUGCUGCAUCUCCAGAUUCUGGUUGGCCUGAUAUUUUUAAUUCUGGUGUUUUUAAAUUAAGACCAAAUACUGAAACUUUUAAUUCUUUAGUUGAGUUUUCAAAUUCUGAAGAAAAUACUUUUGAUGGUGCUGAUCAAGGUCUAUUAAAUGAAUUCUUUGCUAAUGGUAAUAAUUGGAUUAGAUUACCUUAUUUAUUCAAUGUUACUCCAAAUUAUCGUAAUGAUUAUCAAUAUCUUCCUGCAUUCCAUCGUUUCUUUAAUGAUAUUAGAAUCUUACAUUAUAUUGGAGCAGUCAAACCAUGGCAUUAUGAAGAUAUCUUAUCGAGUGAUUUAGCUAAUUUCCAUCAAUAUUGGUGGGAUGAUUUUAACAAAUUCUUUGGUAAUGAUGCUCAUUUGAAAUAUAAAUUAUUAAACUUACCAAGAGGUGAAGCAUCAAAUUUGAAAUUCGCUAAGAAUAAGAAUUUAUGGGAUGUCUCAAAAUUAAUUGGUGGUCCACAAGAAGAUCAAACUGAACAUUCUCCAUUAUUCCCAUGGGAACAUCGUGAGGAGAAGAGAGAAGCCACUCGUGUCUUCCAUCCAACUACUCCACCUGAUGUUGAAGAUGCGGAAGCUACUGAACAACAAGUUGAAGAAGGUUUAGCUAAAGAUAUUGAAACUGUUAAACUUUCUGAAGAAGCUGGUUCAUCCUCUUCAUCUACUAAAGCCGCUCCAUUACUGCAAAACUAUGGAUUUGAAAAGCCAGCUGAUAAGAGUUUUAAUCCUGAUAGAUCGUUAGCUGAAGUUGCUAAAUUACCAUUUAGAUUCUUCUCUAAGGCUAAAGCUAAGAAGGAAGAUAAGUAA